GGUUGUCUGCUAGUAUUUCGUUAUUUUGGCUAACAGUGCGAGCGAUGAGAUGAUGGAAUUUUUUUUUUAAUCAUUCUGGUUCAGUUGUAUGAUCAUUAUGGCUGAAAGAGGAGCACACUUGAGUCAACUACUUUUAGAUUCGAGCAGGCCAUCGAUUUUUGAACUAGUUGCUCAAGAAGGACUUAAUCAAGCACUUCGCGGAACCAUAAAAUUCUUCUUUAGGGUAUGUGCAAAUCAUUAUCCAGAAACUUUGGGUGUAACAUUUCGUUGGGCAAAUGAAAUCCAAUUAGUAUUUGACUGCUUACUUCAGAGCUAUUAUCUACGAAACCAUGGUGCUUCAUUUGCUGAAAACUUUUAUGGACUAGAAAGAGUCACAAAAAAUGAUUGCAGAUUGAAUGGGAAGGCAAAACUUUGUUCACUCAUCAGUCUUUCAGUUCUUCCAUAUGCUUUGUUGAAAUUAGAUGCAUAUUUCUCUAAAAGGCAACCAUCUACUCAGCAACAUCCUGUGAUGAGCUUUUCUAGCAUUCGGUUCAUCUAUGAUUUAAUAGUUUUGAUAAACUGGAUGCUCUAUACUUGGGGAAAAUCUGUUACCCAUUCUCCUGUUUUGCAUCUGUUAGGAGUGAAACUAAAACAUGGUGGUGAAAACAGCAGUCCAGGAAUUUCUCUCACUAAAAUCAUUGAAAUGAGUGCCUUCUUUAUUCAAUUUCUUGAAUGGUGGUUUACUAAUCAGUCAUCACAAGCCAAGAGUAUGCUUUCUUUACCCAUUCCACCUCCACCACAUUCCGUUGUACAGAACCAAAACUCCAAACCUAGGACGGGUGCUUGUCCGCUGUGUCAACAGCAAUGGAAGAACGAAUGCGUCCUGCGGGUGUCAGGAUAUGUGUUUUGCUACCGGUGUAUUUUACCAUAUCUAAAAGAGAACAGCAAGUGCCCCAUAUCCAAACUCCCUGCGACCCCAAAUGACUUGAUACGCAUAUUUGCUAACGCUGAAUAAUAGAAUUAUAAUAUAGAAUGGAAUUAUAAUAUUGGUCAUUACGCUGUAUCAACGGAGAAAAAAAAAUAAACAAACACGCUUGUUUCAUCGCA